AUGUCUGUCUCCCUCAGUGCAGUGGAUGAAAAAGCUUCUAACGUGUCCACUGUUGCUUCAUGUCGCAUUCGGGAAAACGCGUCCCUGGCCGCCUACUUCCAGACCGUCGCCAACGGGGACCAGCAGCUCGCCCCGCUGCUCGGUGCCCGGGACGCGCGCGGAAGGUGGGCCGGCGCCGUGACGUCACCCGGCUCGCCAGCCAGCGCGCAGUGUGACGACUGUGUCUCUUUUCUCCUUCCCUGCCCCGGGCACCAGCACGUGUGGAGUGAGAGCGAGGACUGCCUGCCUUUCCUGCAGCUCGCACAGGACUACAUCUCUUCCUGCGGCAAGAAGACGCUCCAGGAGGUGUUGGAAAAGGUCUUCAAGUCUUUCAGACCCUUACUGGGGCUUCCCGAUGCCGAUGACGACGCGUUUGAAGAGUACAGCGCGGACGUGGAGGAGGAGGAGCCAGAGGCAGACCACCCCCAGAUGGGGGUCAGUCAGCAGUAGACUUGCGAGGGCUCCCGUCUGACGCGGGUGAGCCCCGUGGUCCCCAAGGUGGGGCCGCGCGCCGCUCCUGGGCUGGCUCUUCAAAACGGGACGUCUGACUCCCAGCUUCCAAGUGAAAAUGAAACACCUUUGAACCGACCACAAAAGACCUGGGAUGAGCUGUGCUCAGACGCGACCUGCCUUUGACUCCCGGCUCAGUGGGUUUCGACGGAGGCGUCUCCGCAGCCUUGGCCAUUUGGAAGUUGGAGUCCGUUGCGUGGCUGGCCGUCUCUCUCGAGUGUCUGCUGGAGAACAGACAUUCGCUGACUCGCGUGUAGAGAGCUCGGAGUGCACUAAGGGUGUGUUUUGAGUCCUCACGGGUGACUUCAUGGAGGGAAAGCAUGGCAGAGAAGAAAUGCAGUCUGCACUUUUUAUGUACUUUGUAGGUGUUGUAAGUGAAGGGUUUUGCUUAUACAGCAUGAGUUUUAAUACCUAGUCAUUACACUGCACAAGUGCAAAUAUGAGGGCAGAAGAGAAUGAUCUUGUAGCUUUGGAUGAAGCGGGUAAGGGAGGCAAAGAACCUUUCAGUGUUCUGCCCGCGCUGAGUUACCUGGGUACACGGCAACUGGUUCGUGGUCGCACAAACAUCCUCGCCUGGUUGGUUAUUUUUUUAAAUAUGGUUUUAUUGAUUUUAGAAAGAGAGGAAGGGAGA